CACUCCAAAUUCUCCAACGCAUUUUCUCGCCCAUUGGUGCCUAUAAUUCAUUAUGCCUUCAAACCAAAAACAGAUCGAGGAUAUUGCCCGCGGUGAGGGGCACAAAAGUUUUGAAGAUGCUUCCCUUGAUACCAUCCAGUCGCGCAGCACAGGCAAGGAAUCCAACGAGAAAGGACCGCACGUCCUAGACGAGAUCAGAGAUUCCGAGCACACAGGCUGGUCCUUCUCCACCAAGAAGAAGUGGUGGAUUCUCACCGUCGUCGCUCUCUGCCAGACGAGCAUGAAUUUUAAUGCUGCCGUCUACUCCAACGCCGUCAAACCUAUCAACGAGCAGUUGGGUAUCAGCACUGCGCGUACUGGGAUGACAGCCUUCCUCAUCACGUACGCUUUUGGCUGUGAGUUCUGGGCGCCGUGGUCGGAAGAGUUUGGCCGUUGGCCCAUCAUGCAGGCUUCGCUAUUCUUCAUCAAUGCUUUCCAGUUCUUUCCGUCAUUCGCAAAUACUUGGUGCGAAUACCUGUCUGCUCGUGUUCUGUGUGGGUUUUCUACCGCAGGCGGUUCGGUGACAUUGGGGAUGGUUGCCGACAUGUUUGACGCCGACGAGCAGCAAUAUGCCGUUCUGUGGGCUUCUUUCUGGUCCUGUGCUGGCAGCGUCCUCGGUGGCAUUGUAGGAGGACCAAUCGAGCAGUAUCUCGACGUGCACUGGAACUUCCGUAUCCAACUCAUCUUCGGCAUCGUGGUCCAACUCCUCCACGCAUUCACUGUCCCCGAAACCCUCGCAGCCAAGAUGCUCGGCAAGUACGCUCAAAAAGAGCGCAAGAAGAACCCUGAUCUCGAGAUCUACGGUCCCCACGAGAACAAGAGCCUCAAACAACGCCUGCAACCACUAGAGGUACUGAAAACCAUGGGUCGUCCUUACUAUAUGCUUAUCUUCGAACCCGUCGUGCUUUUCCUCUCUUUGCUCAGCGGAUUCAGCGAUGCUCUUAUAUUCAGUUUUCUCGAAUCAUACGGCAUUGUGUUCGGACAGUGGAACUUCACACCCACACAGCUCGGUCUCGCCAUGAUAGCCCUGCUCCUCGGAUACAUCUUCGCAUACCUGAGCUUCUUCCCCAUUAUCCGCAACCACAAUCAACGCCGCAUCCACAAUCCAGCCUCGCUCACCGAAGAAAGUCGCCUCUGGUGGCUUCUCUUCCUCGCACCGCUGCUUCCGCUCGGGCUCCUCGGUUCUGCGUUCACUGUCACCGGUCCUCCGCUCCCAUGGAUCGCGCCUCUCGUGUUUGCGGUGCUGAUCGGCGCUGCGAAUAUGGCGAUAUACUACGCCACCAUCGAUUACAUGGUUGCUUCGUACGGUGGCAAGUACGCUGCGUCUGCCACGGGUGGUAAUGGUUUCUCUCGGGAUCUUCUGGCUGGUCUGUGUGCCAUCUACACGGGACCUAUGUACAAGAGACUUGGCACGCAGAAUUCGACGUUCUUGCUGUUUGGCGUGUCGGUUUUGGUUUGCAUUCCCGUUUAUGUCUUCUAUUGGUAUGGCCCGACUAUUCGCGAGAGGAGUAAGAUGGCGGAGAAGAUCAAAGCGGAGAAAGCUGAGAUCGCGUUGAAGAGGCAGCAAACGCGGGAGUCGCGUGCACAGGUAUAA